ACACUUGGUCAGUGACAACCACAACCAGCUCCAGGGGAUCAAACAGGGGGAGAUAGAGGCAGAAUCAGAGAGAACGCCGGGUCACGUGACAGUUUAAAGGUCCCGGGGCUGUCACAGAUCACGUGACUGACUGAAAAGGUCUCAGUCCAAGUGCUUCCCGGUUACAGGGCUGAGAGCUCCCGGGGGCCCCUCGCUGAGAGCCCGACGCCGUGAAAUCCAGGGGGCCCUUCGCUAUGAGUUUCCGGUGGCCCUAAGCUGUGAGAUCUGGGGGCCCCAGCCCAUGGAGUGUGAGCGGAUGGACAGCCUGGAGGGCUGGGUGGCCGUGCGCCCCAAUGCCUUCGAGGAGGCCGAGCCGUACAAGCUGGGGUUCAUCGUGGCCUGGAACCACGUGGAGAGCAAGUUCGCCGUCACCUGCCACAACCGGACCGUGCAGCGCCAGCGGGGGCGGCGGGAGCCGGGCGGGGAGCAGAGCAGCUGGGCCGGACUGUACUCGGUGGAGGACCUGCAGCACAUCCACCGGCAGCUCAGCUCAGUGUGCGGCCAACUGGAGCCCUGCUUCCCCGGCCUGCCCUCCCCGGACCCCCCGGACAGCCUGUGGACGCUGCUCUUCCCCGGCGCCCCGUCCUGGCAUGGCUCCCGGGAGGAGCUGGACGGAGUGUGCCGGACCCUGGAGCGCUACCUGGGCACCGCCAUCGAGCAGUGUGGCCGGAGGAUCGUGCUGGAGCUGCUCUUCCCGGACCACGAGGAGGACUGCGAGCGAUACUUCGAGAACAUGCACGAGUUCCGCAAGAAGAGCCUGGAGGAGCAAGUGACCCGGGCCAAGGAGGAGCUGCGCACGAUUCUUCAUCAGCACUUAAAGUCAGACAAAAUGAUGUCUUUGCUCAAACUUUAUGAAGCAGAAGACGAGGCGUUUAUGGAAUUAGUUACCGUGGCAACCCAAUUCUACCAAUAUCAACUGCAGCCUUUCAGGGAUAUGCGAGAGCUGGCAAUAUUAUACAAGCUGGAAAUCCUGAAAUCUCUGGAAAUGGAUGAUUUGGGACCUAAAAGAAUUGAAGCUCUGCAGAAAGAGGCAGAUAAGUGGAAUGCAAGAGCAGAGGAAGCCGUGUGCUCCAUACAGACUGUGACUGUAAGCUACUUCAAAGAGACUUCAAAAGCCCUGGCAGCAAUGCACAAACAAAUGGAGCUGGAUGCUAAGAGGUUUGGCCAAACCACGUGGGCCUCUGCUGUGCCGAGGCUGGAGAGGCUAAAAUCCAUGUUGGCAAAGGAAACGCUUCAACAUAUGAGAUCAAAGGAGCUCUGUCUGAACCAGAAGAGGGCAGAGAUCAAGAAAAAGAUGGGAAACCUCAUUGAAAUGGAGGAUGCCAUGGUGAUGGUUGAUGAGCUGGAGUUACGCUUUUAUGAAACGCAGUUAGAGCUCUAUGAUGUUCAGUUUGAGAUCCUCAAAUAUGAAGAGAUGUUGCUUGUGGCAGAGCUGAACUCGCUGAGGAGACAAAUAAAAGAAAAGCAAGAAGAGGUUAUUUACUAUGAUACUUGUGAAGACCCACAAGAGCUGCAGGUUUACGACCAGUCGCAGAACAAUCUCUCGUCCAUGACACUCAAGAGAAAGGCCCAGCAACUAGAAACCAAACGAGGAAAUAUCUGUGCAAGGCGAGCACUUCUGAGGAACAAAAAAGACCAGUGUGUGGAAACGCAGGAGCUGAAAGCGAAGCAGUUCGAAGAAUCGCAGAAGCGCCGUUUUCAGCAUCAUUCUAUACAGAUGAAACGAGACCAGAAGAAAGAAGAAACAAAAAUGAAUAAAGAAUGGUUGGAUCAGGAGCGUCAGAAGACUUUACAGCGUUUAAAAUCCUUUAAAGAUCGAAAUGACUCACAGUCUGUAUUAAAGACAUCUCAUAUACAAUCCCGUUUUACUUGUAAAUCACAAGGAAUAAAUAAAGCCAUAAAGCAGCCACGUGACCCACCAGAUAUAGCGGUGCAAAUUUUUGUUGCAAAGACUGGACCUGAACCUGGAUUUACGAGCAAUGAAAACUGUAAACCAGAACUGCACUUUCCUCCACCCCCAACACUGCCACCUCCACCGCCGCCACUGCCACCACCUCCACCGCCCCCACCACCUCCACUCCCUGCCCUUCCCUUGCUACAUAAUGUUCCACAGACCUUUAACCCAAGGCACAAUGAACCUCAUAUGUUAAGUGACAAAGCUGAACAUGGCGUGUCUUCAGUAACACACAAAAUGCCUGUGAACCAAUAUUCAGGUUCAAUGGAAGAGGUAUUGGCUUCACUGAAACGCGGUGAAAAUAAUCUUCGUAGGGUGGAACAGCCAUUGCCAUCUAUGAGUGAUGCUCGAAACAACAUCCUGAGUGCUAUUCGACAAGGAGUCAAACUUAAGAAAGUUCAAAGAGACAAAACUGACAAGGAGCCGGCGAAUGAACUUGAAAAGAGCAUUAAGGCUGCCAUGUUGAGAAUGAAAAAGGUGUCCGCAGACUCGGAUGAUGAGGAAAAAGAAUAUGUUAGCGGCGAAUGGGAUACUUAAUGGGUCAUCCAAUGAACUACUGAUAAUCAUAUUCAACCUCAUCCCCACCAUGUCAACCUGCUACUUUCAAUUAAAUGUCACUGCUGUGUUGUGAUGCAGCUUGAAUGGACUGCUCAUUAUAUAUUUUUAUGUAUUUUAGAGCAUAUCGAAUUACAUCUAUUUUUUAGGUAACUUUUACAUUUCUGGCACUGAGUGAGCAAAAACACUACUUUUUAUAUAUUUUACUUAACUGCUACCUGGCUUAAUUUAAUAAAAAGAACAAGUGUUCUUUUCAUAAUUGUUAUUUUUCUGGUAUUUAAACAAACAUUUUAUAUUGGUGUGCCCAUUACAAAUGAUAAAUUU